UCUUACACGUUCUUCUGUAAAUUAAGGCCAUUUUGGGUGUUAUUUCCCAAACCAAACAGAAACACAUGCGAAUGUAUUUAUCACUGCAAUUCAGAGUUACUAAUAAAGGCUCUAAAUAAGGCAGAAAUCAUAAAUAUUAAAACAAAUCAUGAUCUUUUAAACAUGCUUUGUUGUGAUAGAUAUAACGAGGCAUGCUUAGAUCGUAAAUGUUCUAAUUGUGAACCAAAGGUUGUUGAAUAUUUGGCAUUUAGCAACGACAUACACAUCAAAUAUUUUGAAUGGCGUAAGACUUCUAACACCUAUGAGCAGGAUGGAAAAGUAAAACAUAACAUUCUUUGGGCUAAAACUGAAAAUUAUGCACCACCUUUAGAUGUUAUUCUUAAAUUUGAAAAUCAUAUUGAAAAAUUUUUGCCACAUUGUGCUACUGUUGUUGUGCAAAAUAAAACUAUAAAAGAACUAAAAAAUAGUAUUCAGAUAAACGAAGCUGUGGUACAUUUAGCUUUUAGCGAAAACUAUGCUCUUAAACAUCACAUGGAGAUUCAGUCUUUUCAUUUUGGAGGCAGUAGAAAGGAAGUGUCUAUUUACACUGUAGUAAUAUAUAUCAAAGACUUCGAAACGUCCCAGUUAAAAACUCACUCAGUUUGCACCGUAUCCGACAAUUUGAAACACACAGCCGUUGCAAUUUGGGCACACUUGGGCCCGAUUUUGAGUCAAAUUUCCGAAAUAUCACCUUUUAUUGAUACUCUACACUUUUAUAGCGAUAGCCCCAGCAGUCAAUACAGAAACCGAAACAUGUUUUAUAUUUUGACUCGAUUGGAAAAACAGUUUUUAGCACUUCGUAAAUUAACCUAGAAUUACAUGGAAGUGGGUCACGGAAAAGGUGCUCCAGAUGGCCUAGGAGCGGUAGUCAAAAGGACCGCCGAUAGAAUUGUUAACACAGGAACAGACGUCGGGACAUUUUCCAAAUUUGUUGAAAUUACAACAGCAAACCUGCCAAAUAUCAAAAUUGUUGAGAUCACAAAUGCAGAUAUAGAUGAAAAGCAAGCCAUGAUGCCAAAUUGCGUCCUCUAGCCGCUAGAGGACGGGAACGCCGUCGUGGCCUACUGGACCCACGUCCAGUCCAGCUUGAACUCGAGCCCGAACCUCAGCCUCCUGAGGUGGACUACGAAAACAUGGGUACGCCAGAAGCAGACACACUCCCGAAUUCCCCCUAUAGUUCGCUUAGCCUACUCUCAACGGCGUUAAGUUCAGAGUGGGCUUCACGGACACCUAGGAAUAGGCAACAUCCAUCGUUUUCCGAAUAAGUAAUACACACACAACAGCUUACAUAAUUGUUCAUGCGGUUCACUCACGCUGAUGUUAUAUGACAGGGCUGUCCAAACCAUGGCCCGCGGGCCGCAUGCGGCCCGCGGCUUGUUUGAUUGCGGCCCGUAGAACCUUUUUUAACUGACUUCAAAAAAAGUCCGGUUUCCAAAAUUAACAAGCAAAUUAUUUUUCUCGCAUCAAAAUCGAAUGUUUUGGGUAUGUUCGAUUACGUUGCUCACAUCACUAUUCACUCGAGAAUUCGGGGAAUUCCCCGAACGCAAGAUACGUGUACCUACUACCGCGCAUCGUUCAUUGGGCAUUUGUUUGUCACUUGUCAUUCAACGCGACGAAAGUCUUGAUUACGCAAGGUUACUUUCAGGUUAAAGACUUUAACAUUAUUUUAAAGUUUGUUCGCUUUGUGUUUGCGUAUAAAAAACUUUUAACCUCAUCAUGUCUACAAAGAAGAGGAAGUUAAGUGAAGAAAAACGUUCAUUCAAUGAGAAAUGGGAGUUAGACUACUUUAUUUCCAACAAUAACAAUAAAAUUCAGUGUUUGAUUUGUAUGCAAGUUUUAUCUGUAAGUAAAGAAUAUAAUGUUAAGCGACACUAUACUUCUUUACAUGAAGAAAAGUAUAAAAAACAUGUCGGUGAAGCAAGAAAAGUUAUGGUGGCUGAGUACAAAAAAAAACUAAUACAGCAAACAAGUAUGUUUUCAAAAGUAAGUACUGAAAAUGAACAAAGCUUGGCUGCUUCAUAUAAAGUUUCAUUACAAUUAGCCAGAGCUAAAAAACCAUUUAGUGAUGGAGCUUUAAUAAAAAAAUGCGCAGUUGAAAUGGCUAAACGCUUUAUGCAGCCGAAAUUAGCGGAAAAGUUUGAAUCUGUUGCAUUAUCUCACCAAACGGUGCCGCGACGAAUAGAGGACAUGGGUAAUUAUAUUACGAAAAGUUUAUGUGAUUACUUUGUAGAUUGCGAAUAUUAUUCAAUAUGUUUGGAUGAAAGUACCGACCAGACCGAUGUCAGUCAAUUAAUAAUCUUCAUACGUUGCAUUUCCAAAGAUUUUACAAUCACGGAAGAAAUGCUGGAUUUAAUACCAUUUCAUGGAACAACUAAAGGCAGUGAUAUAUUUGAAGCAGUUAACAAAACUAUUGUAGAAUAUGGAGGAUUUCGUAAGUGUUCUUGUAUUGUGACCGACGGGGCAAAAGCUAUGACCGGAAAAGUGACAGGAUUUGCGGGACUUCUAAUACAAAAUGGCAUUGAUUGCCCGUUGUUCCAUUGUAUCAUACACCAAGAAGCCUUGUGUGGAAAAUCGUUGCGUCAAAUGAAUGCUAUGAAAGUUGUUAUAAGGAUAACCAAUUUGAUUAGAGGUGGAAACAGAUCAUUGACACAUAGAAAAUUUAGAGACUUCUUAUGUGAAAUCGAUGCAAACUAUGGAGAUUUACUAUUGCAUUCAGAAAUCAGAUGGCUAAGUGCUGGCCAGUGCUUGCAACGCUUUUUUGCCUUACGAAAAGAAAUACCUUUAUUUCUAAAAAAUGAGAUAUCGUCUGACACUUCUGAACUACAAGAUAAAAUGCGAGAUCCUCAGUUUCUGGCUGAUCUUGCGUUUUUAACUGAUAUGACGCAACAUUUGAAUGAGUUAAAUUUAAAAUUGCAAGGUAAAAACCACAAUAUAGCCAACCUGUAUGGAAAUGUGAAUGGAUUCAGAAAUAAACUUAAAUUGUUCAAGACGUCUCUACAACAAGAUGAUUUUUCUUUUUUUCCAAGUUGUAAAGAACAUUAUUUAGAGAUGAAAAAUUUUGAAGAAUGUAAUUUCUUGGACCACCUCAAAUACAUGGACGAAAUAAUCGUCGAAUUUGAGCGGCGUUUCGCAGAUUUUGAAAAAAUUGAGAGUGAUAUAGCACUCUUCACUCAACCAUUAACAAUCGCAGUUGAGACUGUAAACAUUGAUUAUCAACUGGAACUGUGUGAUCUGCAAUCAGACCCCUUUUACAAGGGCAGAACAGAAACAGGCAUUGAUUUUUUUAAACUCCUCGCUGAACGUUUCCCGAAACUGACGAAUUUCGGACAAAAAAUGGGCUCGAUGAUGGGCAGUACCUACCUUUGUGAAAGUGCAUAUUCGACAAUGAAGUUUAUUAAGUCUAAAUACAGGUCUUCAUUGACAGAUACUUCACUUAAGCAUGCACUGCGCCUAGCUACUACUAAUAUUAAUGUUGAUAUUGACAGAAUUGUAAAAGACAAAUUAACAAAACAGUAGGUUAUCUACCUACUAAAUAAAAUAACAAAUCAUUAUAAACUGUUUUUUAUUUUUACAAAUAUUUUGCGGCCCACCAAUGUAUUUAGUAUUUUUUAUUGGCCCUGGGUCCCAUCUAGUUUGGACACCCCUGUUAUAUGAUAAUAAGUUUUAUUCUUUUCUAAUAGAUGUUAUCAUCCUGGGAAGCGAAGUCGAAACGGAGUUGCAACCGAGCACUGAGCACAGAAAGUCAACUAAUAUAACAGACAAAAAUUUUGAAAGUAUCGUAAACAAUUUGGCUUCAAGAUAAUGACAGUGACGUUUACUUAGACGCUAACUUUAACGACAACGACGGUAUUUUUGUUCCGGUCAUGCAUAAGGCAACAACUGAACCAAUGUGAUGCUGACAUGACUGAACUAAAGACUGAAGUGUUACGUACUGAGGACGAAUUUAAUGCCCAAGUUUUACGCGACAUAGUGCCUAGUAAUGAUAACUUCACUUUUGACUGUAAGAAAGACAGGGCGAACUGUACUGGACGGUGAAAGGCUUUUACAGGGUUAUCGGGAACGACUUUUGAUAACAGACAAGACUCCUGUUGACAUUUUUUACAAAAUAUUUAUACUCGUUUUAUAGACCGACUUUGCACAGAGACUAACCACUACGCAGAGCAGAAGAUAGCUCGCUUAAAAGCGGAGAACAAGCUACUUCCAACAUCCCGUCUGCAUAGAUGGACUCCAACUGAUUAUAGCGAAAUGAUUACGUUUUUUGUAGUAUUGAAGCAGCAAGGCCUGUAUCUGUUACCAGAGGAGCAAAACUACUUAUUUUUUAACGGGUUUGGAACCAUGCCGUAUUUUUCGCGCAUCAUGUCAUUCAAUCGUUUUUUAUUGCUAAAAUCGUUAUAUCAUUUCGUCGACAAUCCGACUUUGACUAACAAGACUGGACUCUAAAUAUAGCCGGUACUUGACCACCUUAAUGACAAAUUUUCCACAUUAUACAAGAGCCUGCCCAAGAGAUAGCCAUAGACGAGUCUCUCCUCAAGUGGCACGGGCGAUUAAGUUCUGCUCAAAAAAUUGCCACCAAAGCCACCCAAGUUCGCAUAAUAUUUAAAAGAAAAGCUUAUUUAUGUGCUAAGAAAGUAUUAUAUUUCUAUCUCACAAAUAAUUACAAUAACGACUGAUAAUGGAACUAAUUACUUAAAAGUAAGCAAAUUAAUUAAUAAAUAAAUUGAGGAAGCAAGCAAUAAAGAUGAUAAUGAUGACCAUUCCGAUGAAGAAAAUGAAUCACUACCACCAAAUUUUCAAUCUUUCUCUUUAGAAGAUAAUGGGCAAGACGACAGUAAGACGGAAUCAUCAAAAUAUUGUGUUUAACUGAUAAAAUAUUGUGUAUGUAUUGUGGAAAAAAUCUCCAUUUUAAGAUUUAAGACGAGAUUAUUAUUUUAUUUUAGAAAAUAAAAUUACAAAACACUGCCAUCCGCCAUGUUUUUUAAAACGCCAAUCAAAGUGUGUUACGUCAGCCCUCAGUAAAUACUGUCACUGUCACCGAAUUUAUUUCGAGUUUCGACUAUCUCUUGAGUUUUAACAUUGUUUAAAUUAAUUAAAAGUAGUAUCAUUAGAUCUAUAUCGGUCUUUUGCUUACUUCAUUAAAUAAUUAAGCCAUGGAACUAGGAUUUACUAAGGCAAACAGUUCUAAUUUGCCUCGAGUGGAUUUGUUAAUGAUGGGAGAGUUCCUGGCGUCAAACAAAGAUUUCUGUUCAGCAGAAUUCAGAAACGUGAAAACUGCAGUGUAAGUACUAUUAUUACUGUAUGAAAUUUUUAUAAAUUUAGAAAAUAUUUUGUAAAAUAUCACUUGAUAUAUUUAGUAUUUGAGGUUAUGUUUUCGCUAUGAGAAUAUGUUUUGUGUGUAUAACCUACGAUUAAGUAUGUAACUCUAUAUUUACAAAUCGAUUUUUUUGUUAUAGAUCCUCCAGGCCAUCGUACGGUGAUGAUGCCAUAAGCUAUGUUCAGUUAAAACGCGAUGGCAAUCUGUGCGUGGUGAAGUCAAAAAUCUGUCCAGAACACAAGGUCCAUGGAAAGUUAUAUAGAGUAACAUUAGUAGUUGAUGAAGUCAAUGAGACAGUUGUUUCGGUGGAUUGCCAUGACUGUGUUGCAUCACAAGGAGGCUGCAAACACGCCGUGGCUUUUCUUAUGUGGGUGCAUCGCAGGAGUGAAGAACCAUCUGUUACAUCAGUUGCAUGCUACUGGAUGAAAUCUAAGCUGUCGAAAGUUGGGACUACCAUAAAAUACUUGACAGCAAAAGAUCUAUCUAAUGCUAAGCCUAGUUUGCCAUCAAAUAGUGUAGUAUUAGACAAGUUUAUUGAGGAAGGGAGGAAAAGGCAACUUCACAAUUGUGAAUUGAUCAAAUUUCAGGAAGAUUAUGUGCCUGAUAUAGUGAUUACAUUCUCCAUGCACAAAUUAGUAUUUAAAUAUAAGGAAAAAUCCUGUGACACUUUCUUAGAAAAGCUUGUAUUAACCGAUGCAGACGUUAAACUGAUGGAAGAAAAAACAAGACAACAAAGUCAAAGUAGUGUUUGGUACGAACUAAGGUAUGGCAGGAUUACUGCUUCACGCGCUUAUGAAUUUUGUAGAUGUAGUACAAGUGAUGGAACAUUGAUUGCUCUGAUAAUGGGUGGAAGAAUUCCAGACACACAUGCAAUGAAACGUGGCAGAAUGUUGGAGGAUGAAGUAAGGGAAACAGUUUCAACUAAACUUGGAAAAACAAUAAAUAAAUGUGGCCUGUUUAUCAGUAAAAAAUAUCCCAUGAUAGCAGGACAGACCCCAUCUGGUAUGGGGUCUGUGAAGAAAGUAUCAUAGAAAUUAAAUGUCCAAUAAGUAGUAAGACUUACAAAAAUUAUGUUAAUAAUGGGAAACCAACAAAAAAAUAUUAUGCACAGAUGCAGUUACAAAUGUAUUUGUCUGGUCUUCACAAAGGCUACUUCUGUGUUGCUGAUUGCAAUUAUAAUAUAAAUAAAAAUGUAAAUAUGAUUUAUGUGAAAUAUGAUGACAAAUAUGUUUCAGAAUUUAUUUUAGCUUUAGUCCAUUCAUGGAAGUAUAAUGUAUACCCACUAUUGUACCAAAGUGUUGUUUAGUUAGUCAUAAUAUGUAAAUAAAACAAACAAACUUUUUGUCCAUUUUAUUUAUUUUGUGACAUUCCGUUAUCACUCUUAAUCGUUAUAA